AUGAAUGUUGAAACAGGGGGUGUGGAGGAUGAUGAAAUUAACAAUGAAACUGAGGCAGGGGGUGUGGGUAUAUUUGAAGAAAAUGUGGAGUUUUUAGACAGUGAAAAUGAUAUAGGUAUUGCCAGUGGGUCAAAUAAUGUUGAGGAAGACAACUCUGAAAAUGAAUCAAUUGAUAUGGUGGCUAGUGAGAAUGAUCUCGAUGAACAUACACAGUCAGAUGAUGAGGAGAAUGGGCCUAAUUUUGUUGUAUACAAUCCAAAUCAAAUGUAUGAUCCUGCACUUGAGUUGAGAAUGAUUUUUAGUUCUAAGAAAGAGUUCAAAAAAGCAAUGCAAUCACAUGCAAUAAAAAAUAAGAGAAAUGUCAAAUUCACUAAGAAUGAUUCCUUCAGGGUCUAUGCUGUGUGUUCUAGGGAGGGAUGUGAGUGGAAAAUACAUGCGACAAAGUUGAAAAAUGAACAUACUUUCCAAGUUAAUCUGUACAAGGAUGAGCACACAUGCCCACAAGUAUUCAAAGUAAAAAAUGUGAAAACUAGUUGGCUAAGUGAAAGAUAUCUUCAGGAGUUCAAGUCUGAUCCAAAAAGAUGUGUAACAGGGUGGAGGGUAGACAUCAUGAAUGAGCUUAGAUGUCAUGUGUCUAGAGAUCAAGCAUACAGAGCCAAGAGAGAAGCUUUAACGAAACUAGAAGGAAGCCCAGAGUAUCAAUUCACUAAAUUGUGGGAUUAUGCAGAGGAGCUUAGGAAAACUAACCUUGGUUCAACUGUCGUAUUGGGGAUUAAUGAUGAAAAUGGGCAGAACAGAUUUGAAAAAUUCUAUGUUUGUUUCAGUGCUUUGAAGCAGGGGUUUUUGGGAGGUUGUAGGCCUGUUAUAUGUGUAGAUGGUUGUCAUUUGAAGGGACCUCAUAAGGGAAUAUUGCUAACUACUGUGGGGGUGGACCCUAAUAAUAACUUGUACCCCAUUGCAUAUCUUGUGAUCCAGAGGGAGUCUACAAACACAUGGGAAUGGUUCUUAACGGUGCUGAAACAUGAUGUGUGUAUUCAGAGGGACAGUGAAUACACUUUUAUGUCAAACAAACAGAAAGGACUCAUACAGGCUUUUCAAAGUGUCUUUCCUAAUACUGCACAUAGGUUUUGUGUAAGACAUUUACACAAUAAUUUCAAGAAUGUGGGUUUUAGAGCUCUUGCAUAUAAAAAUGCAAUGUGGAAGGCAGUAAGAGCAAGCACGGUGAGGGAUUUUAAACUAAGAAUGGAAGAGAUUAAGAAGUUAGAUGAGAAAGCUUUUGAUUGGUUGAAGGAGAAGCCCCCAAGUGAGUGGAGUAAGUCACAUUUUACCGAAUUGCCAAAAUGUGAUAUGUUGCUUAAUAAUUAUUGUGAAAGCUUCAAUCCAAACAUAUUGGAUGCAAGAGAUAAGUCUAUUCUUACAAUGCUAGAAUGGAUAAGGGAAUAUCUAAUGCAAAAAUUGUAA